GAUUUUCGCUUUGAUUUCUCUUCUCCGCCUUCGGGCUGAUCUCAAUGCGAAGCCCCGUUUUAUUCGGGCAGAAGGGAGAGAGGAGAGCUCAAGGGAGGAAGACGGAACCAGGCGACGCGGCUCCGUCGCUCCGCCCUCCGCUGCCGAGCCGAGAGGGCCGCGUGUGGCCGCCGCAGCCACAGCCAAGAAAGGCGGAGUAGCGGGAGCUGCUACUAGGGCGAGGCAUUUUGACAUCAGUUCCUCUGGCUGCAAGGGAGAGAGGGGGGAAAAAAAGAGAGAGUUUUCUCCCCCUUUAAAAGCUGCAAGUCGAAAGCGCCGAGCCCCGGGCGGGUUGCCUCAGGGGUGGAAGAUGGAGAGUCGGCGCCGGGCGUGAAAAAAAAACUCGCUGCAGCCUUCGCCGCGCUGCAAAGCGGAGCUCGCGGCCGGGACCGCAUCGUUUCCUCUUUCUGGAAGCCAGACAGAGCUGAGGACUGGCGGCGGCGGCGGCGGCGGCCACUCCAAACCCGCCGCCGUCCCGCCCAGCAUGAGCAGCGGCGGCGGGCGCACUGGCGCCCGCGUGGCUGUGAAGAUGGAGGUAGCACCUUACUACGGCGAAGAAGGCUUGGAGCUGCUCCCGGACUUCGUGCAGCUGCCGGGCUUCGGUGGCGGGCCCGGAACCGGAGGACCGACGGGACUUGAACCGCCUGAGGAAAGCGGGGCGGUUCAACAACGCAAGUUGCUUCUCGUAGGGAAGCCUCCUCCUCCUCGGGAUUUGGGGGCGGCCUCCCCGGGUAAUCCCACCUUGCCCCCGGCCGGGCCGUUCUUGCGCCCCCGCGGCGGCACCAGCAAUGCCGUGCACCGCCUCAUUCAGGAGACCACCGUCGGCGCCGGCCCUGAGGUGGGCCCAGCCGUUUUGCAGCCUUUGCUGAAGCUGCCGGCGGCCGCCGACUUGGAACAAUUGCUGAUCCAAGCGGGGAGCCCGGGCCUCGCCGGCCCAUCCAGCCCCACCGGCGGAGGGCCCUCGGUGGCGACGGCCGGCGGGGCGCCUUUCUUGUACCGCUCUCCGCAAUCCUCGGCUCCGCCGCAGGCGGUGACGCAGGAACAGGAGGGCUUCGCCGACGGUUUCGUCAAAGCUCUGGCCGAUUUGCACAAACAGAACCAGUUGCUCGGAGUGUCCCCGGCGCCUCUCUCGCCUACCCAGCACCCGGGAGGGCCCUGCUGCCCGACGUCCAGGCAGGAUCCCCCCGCCGUCUACACCACCUUAGGCAACUUCAACCCGGCCAGCCCGUCGGCCGGCGGCGCUUUUUUCACUCCCCAGCCUGUGGCUCGCUUGCCCGCGGCCGGCACGACCGGCAGGGCUUUGGAAGAGCCGCAGACUGUGCCGGAAGCGCCUGUAAUAGUGUCAGCUCCGCCGCUGCCGCUGCCGCCGCCGCCGCCGCCGCCGCCGCAUCCUCCUUCGGGGCUUUCGUCCGGGGAGUCCCCUCCGCCGCCUUCCUCCUUAUCCCCGCUGGACGCAGAGAGCCAAGAGCGCCUGAAAGCCGAGCGCAAAAGACUGCGCAACCGUAUCGCGGCUUCCAAGUGCCGUCGGCGCAAGCUGGAGCGCAUCGCCCGCUUGGAGGAGAAAGUCAAAGCGCUCAAAGGCCAAAACGCCGAAUUGGCCGCCACCGCCAGUCUCCUCCGCGCCCAGGUCACCCAGUUGCAAGGUCGAGUCCGGAGCCACCUCUCCAGUGGCUGUCACAUCAACGCCAACGCCCCCGCCCCCGCGCAGACCUUGGCAGUCGGGGGUCAGCCCCCCGGCAGGGAGGCACCCACAGAGCCGGAGACCAGUGCUUGCUGAAAGCGUGUGAUCCCUCCCCGAACAAGGAGACCUAUCGUGCGCCCAACUUUGCCAGGCAAGCAUGGCAGAAAGUGGAUUAGACCUUGAUCAUCAUGGUCUUGGGAAGGGCCAUGGAAGCCCUGCCUUCCGUUUCACAGCCUUUGGCUUCUGCGGAGUUCCUUCUUCAUCUGAAAAGCUGAAGUAGACAGGGGAAGGUUCCGCUUCUGCGAGACCAUGCAGGUAUCUUAACCAGUUUCUGAUAGAAGUCGGAAGAGCGGGAGAAGAACUUGGUGUAAUGGCAGAGAGAGAAAUAUGCCGGAAAGAAUAUCCCAUGGAACAGAGUAGGACUUCACAGUGUCAGCCUUUCAGAAACAACUUCUUAAAAAUAACAACUGUCAUCCUUAACUAAAGGUUGGCAGUUUCAAGCAUCUCCAGCAACUAGCAGGUUUCCUGCCAGCUACCUAAGUAAUGAAAGUAAUACUGAAAUUGGUAAUAACCAGCUGGAAAUAAUGCUGUUGGGUUCUUUUCAAGAGCACCAAACAAAUGCAGAAACCUUCAGAGGGAAAGAGGAAAGUGCCAAGCUUCUCCAGUUGAAGCCCCUCUGACCACCUUCAGCCUGUGAAGAAGUCUGGGGCUGGAUUCUUACUUGGUCUUCUGAAAGCUCCAGCUUAUUUUUCUAGCUUUCUUGCCCUGCUUAAAAUGAAGAACCAGAGCUUUGCUGACUAGAUGUAAAAAUAUGUCUUGUUGCUGAAAAUCCAAAAGUCUCUUCAAAGAUCAUGCCUGUGGACAAAAAUUAUCUUUGUGGAAGACUUUUAUAUGUUCUAAAGAUUCUUAAAUUUUAUUUUUAUUCUGUGGUUGAAAGUCACUGAGUGUAACAUGUAUUAGCAUUUCUGCAAAAGAAAAAAAAAGUUACCAGGGAUAGUUAAAGACACUCCAGUAUGUUUUGCUGAAGGUGUAUUGACAGCUUUCUAAUGAACAGUGUGGAUUUUCUAAGAUGGGAUAUUAAGGGAAUAGUAAUAUGUUUGUAUACCAUGCAUAUUGCUAGUUAUUUCAGUAGAUAAAUCAUAUUUUUAAGAGAAAACAGCUCUAGAAUUCACCAGUGGAUAGAGUUGUGAAGUGUUUUUCAACAUUUAGAAGACUUGUGCAAAGUUGAGUGAAUUUUGUGUACAGACUAUUUGUUAUUUUCUUGCUGUAGAGGUUCUCUAGAUUUGCUAAACGCUUGAGAGACACUAAAUUUAUAUGUUUAGGAAGUACUACGGAGUAUGGCUGAACAAUUUUUCUUGAUGAACAAAAGAAAGCAGUCACAUAAUUUGUCGCUAUGAAAAUGUUGACAUUCAAGCUAAUUUCACAUUUCUGAUGCUGGAGAUUUAGCCUACUAUGCCACAUAAAAUAUUUAUUUAAAAAGCAGAUUUUAAGAAAAUGCUUUUCACCCUUAGAUCUAUGAGCUCUAUAUUAUUUCUUGUGCCAGCACAAAGUUGGGGUAUGGGUUCACUUAUUUAUUAAAACCAUAGGAUAUCUGUUUAUUUUUAUAACAUGCAAGGGGAUAAAAGAAAUCUUUUUGAAAAAAAAUAUCAAAUGUUUUAUCUUUUACAGUAUACAUUCCAGCUGUAAUUGUUCUUGGCAUGAUCACAACUAUAGCUCUAUGUAUAGAAAAUUGGAUUUUUAAAAAAAAGAUAAAUCAGUUAAUUCAACUAUGUUUUGAAUAAUUCAUGGAAAAAAUUAAUAGAAAUCUAGAUAGCCAUAUAUUUUUAAAAGAACUAUGUAUAAGCUAUUUUAUUUUAUCCAAAAUGUAAAAAAUGUUGUUCUCAGGAUGGAAGGUGGAAAGUAAAUUUAUAAGCUGAGUUUGAAAGGUUUAUUGAGUUUUAUUUUAAAAUGGGAUCAGAAAUAAGCAUUGUUUCUUGCUUGUUUUUUAAGGGUUUUAAUGGUUUUAUUUAGUAUUUUGUCAAUUUUAUUAGUAACUCUGCCAAACUGUUUAUCAUAGAUGACAGCCUUACCUACCAACAUAUUUCAUUGUAUAAAUUCAGAGAAUAGUUUUUACCCUUCUCCAAAUGCAGUGUGCUUAUGUCCUGUGAUUUUAUUUUCUGUUUCAGCUAUAACUUUCCAUGCAGUAAAAAACCCUUGCCUUGAUAUUUGCCUGGAAAUAUUGUGUCAAAAAAAUACUAGGGCACAGUUGAUUUUUCUUUCAUGCAGCAGUAUUGACAUAACCUGCUUGAUUGAUAGAUUGAUAUUGAUCCUAGACUUAGAUGGAUACCUAUGAGGGAAUCAGAUUUUCAGAAAAAAAUAGCAAUUAAGAGCUUUUGACUUGGAAUCCUAUCACUGCAAGUGUGAAAUAAUCUAUUUUAGCAUUUUAGGAGUAGAGGGAAAACUGUGAUGAAGGAAACCUACAUUAAUUUGAUUAAACCAUCUUGCACUGAUCGACAAAGAUACUUUAAUAAUAUAUUCUUUAUCUUUUCCCUCAUAUGUGAUCAUUUUUUUUCUUGUUUGGAAUGCAAAUCUAUACCAGUAUUUUCACAGUCGUCAUUAGUAUGAAUAAUUUUCUUUCUAAUUUUGUUAACAGUUCAAAAUCAGAUGUUUUCAAAUGUUCUCUAGAAGUUGUAAUACUGAAAUAGGAGAAUUUCUCAGGUAAGUUCUGUACUGGAAUAUUGCAUUUUGGAAAAGGAGCUUAGAGAAAUCAUUAUUCCCACUUCAAAACAGCAUCCUAUUUCUUAAUUUCUUCAAAAAAAGACAGAUCAUAACUGAAGCUGCUUUGAUCUUGGCACUCAGAUCAUUCAUUAUCUUGUUAAUGCUGUAUGUAUGUUGUAACAGUUUUUGCCAAAAAUAUGGUGUGCUUGAAAUAUUUGCAGUAUUCUAAAUUGUUUGCCUUUUCCUAGCGUAUUUGGCAAAUAUUGCAAUGUAUGCAGUUUUUGAAGCUUUUUUUCUGUGAGAAUUUCUCUGAAUACAAUGUAUUUUGGACCCAAUUUCCGGAUGUCAUAUUUUUAAUAUUGUAUUUUUUUUUUCAUGUACUAACCAAUCUGCCAGUGUCUUUGAAAUCCUGUUUACAUGCUGCAUCAUUUGUUGGUUGACUAUCCAUUAAUGCUGAUGAAAUGGGAGCGUACUUAUUCCCAAGGGAAGAAAUUUCAUCCUUAUGCAAAUGUCACCUUUAUGUUUUUCUCAUCUGUUCUGAUUAAUGUGGUAGUGGUGGUGGUAGUGGUUGUUGUUUUGCAUGUGCCUCUGAACUACUAUUAGAGAGCUAUUUGAUUUGUUUUUAUACACUUUGUCUCUUGCACUUUAAGUAAUUAUAAAAACAACCCAUUUCCCCAAAUUCUAGACUAAAUGGUACUCACCGGUCUUAAGAAUUCAUUAGGUAAAUAUCCCAUUCUAAUAUUGUUGAUGGUUCAGAUGAUGUCCAUUGUUGAAACUUUUGUAAAAUCUCGUUACAAGGGGAAAAAAAUGUCUUUGGGGGAUUUGAAAUCUUAUCCUUGAGUUUUAAACAGGAAGAGUUGUUUGGCAGCUGGUUUUCUUGUGCACUUCUCCAGUUCAUGUGAACACUCAGGUGAUUGUGUGGCUAAAAAGGCUGACUAAUUUCGUUGCUAACUUGGUGAGUGAUGAUGUAUCACGACUCUUUUCCAACGGUUUUUUUUUAACUUACCAAUGGAAUCAUUUUUGAUUCUAUUUUGGAAUGCUUGUCAUUGAUAGAAAUGUACAUUCAGGUGUGGACUUACUCUGAAAACACCACUCAUUAUUAUAGCUUUCGUAGGAAUUGAUGUAAAACACUGCAUGUUUUCACAGCAGGAUUUUUUAUUCAUUGUAAGAAAAUCGUUGUUGGCUUUUUGAGAACUCCACUGUUAGCCUGAAAAUUUUGAUUGAAUGAUUUUUUUUCAUUAGAAAUGUUAGUGGGCCAUUGGCUUUAAUUAUGAUAGCGUAUUUUUUCCGGGAAGUUGUAGAACAUUUAUUAGUAUUAAAUAUAUUAGGAUUAAAAGACAUUAGGGCAAGUGUCAAGCAAAUUCAUAUAUGUUUAAACCCCAUAAUUUUAGUCAGAGGAUCUUUUUAAAUUUGCCAUGGAAAUCACUGCAAUAUAAAAGUGCUUAAAUUUUGCUGGAGCAUUGCUUAGCUUUUUAUAUUGCUGCCAGAAAGCAUUUUAAUAAUAUGUAUCUGGAACAGAAGGAUUUAAAAAUCAAACAUAGGCCUUGGUGCAUAUUACUGUAAUUUCUUGUUUUCUGUUGCAAAGCUGAAUCUAUUUGAGUAUGACAAUAUUUCUAUUGCUCAAUAAACUUCAAAGUGAUUUUUUGCUGUGUUAAUUGUUGUCAGUAUUUCCCCACUGUUGAGCAGUUGUACUGUAAAUAAAUACCUGCUCCUUUGAUCAGAGGUAUUUAACUUGAUAACUAGCUGUAACUUUUGCAGUCAGACAUUCAGCUGCAAUCAUAUAAUUUUUGUCUUUUGCAUUUUUAAGUGUAUUGUUUUUUUUAAAAAAAUAGUAUAAUUUUAGGUUUAAGACUGUUUCUAUGCAUGAUCAGUUCUAAAAACACUUAUUUAGCAAUUCUGUGGAGGGCAGAAUUAGUUUUAUAUUUGAAGAUUUGAAAGAUUUGGGGCAAGAGAAGUUUAUAUAAUAGUUAACCAACCUGUCUUAUGUAUGAUGUCUUCAGGCAAAUUGUUCAGAUGAGCUUGAGUUAUAUUUUCCUUUUUGGAAGCAAUACUCAAGUUGUCUAAGAAUUUGCUAGGUGGGGUGUGAGUAAUCCCUCUUAGAUAAUGCAUAGUUUUAACCUUUUGUAUAGUUUGAAACAUAAACUGGAAACUUGACAUGAUAGAUGAAAAAUGCCUCUUACCGUAUAUACUCGAGUAUAAGCCGAGUUUUUCAGCACGUUUUUUUUCUUCUUUUUUUCACAUUAUACCGGAUGGCGCAAACUUGGCGGGCUUUUGCAUUAGCGCGGGGAAGCCCUGCCGGUGCAGUGAGAGGGCGGGGCGGGGGAGCCGCCAGCCUUCUCGGCUGAGGGAGGGAGGGUUUCCCCGACCCGUAGCUGCCUCAUUUCCCACCCUCGGCUUAUACUCGAGUCCCCAGUUUACCCCAGUUUUUUGGGGUAAAAUUGGGGACCUCGGCUUAUACUCGGAUCGGCUUAUAUUCGAGUAUAUACGGUAUAUUAGAUAAUGCAGUUAUUAUAUGGAUAAUAUUUAAAAUGUCUCCAUCAGGAGCACGUCUACUGAGAUUGAAUAGUAGAAUUUUUUAGUAUUAUUAUUAUUAUUAUUAUUAUUAUUAUUUAUUAGAUUUCUAUACUGCCCUUCUCCCGAAGGACUCAGGGCGGUGUACAGCCAAAAUAAAAACCCAAACAAUACAAUAUACAAUUAAAACAAAAUUAAAAAACUUAUUAUACAAUUGGCCGAAAAACUUUAAAACAUUUACAAGUACACUUGUAACCUUUUUUUAUUGAUGCUAACUCAGUAUGGCUUCCAGAGGGUUUAUCAGCUGUUGCUGAUAAAGCUUUAAUAGUGAAUUCCUGGAUUAUCUCGUGAUAACUAUAUUACUUUGAAACAAAUCAAAGCUAAUGGUUUAAAAUAAAAAGCAGAUACCUAUGUUUCUCUAAGAAAAGCAUUAAUCUGAUAUUUUAAGCCUUUUUCGUCCAAACAUAGCAUUCUCAUAUAACAUUCAGGAAGAUUUAUUGGUAAAGAGGCAUGCAUAGGAUUACACCUUUUAAGGGUUUCCAGCUCCAUGAUUCCCAUCUUUGACCCACUAGUCUUCACUGAUUGAUUAGUACACACUACUACGUCACAGAGUCCCAUACAGGAAAGAAUUCUGAAACUCCUUGGGUGAAGUAAUAUGUCAAAAAAAAACCAAAACUCAUAGUUGAUCACUCUCAAGAAGAGACCUACUUAUUAACCGAUAACACGCAUGUCUCUUUCUGACAUUUGAUAUAAAUGAGCUGGGUUGUUUUUUUCCUUAGGAGCAAGAAAAGUCUUGUUUUUAGAAGAAUAAGGUAAUCCAUCCAUCUGAGAAGUGAAAAAGUAUGUGUAUAUAUGUGUUUAAGAAUACAUAUCAUGAAUUGAAUUAGGAGUUAUACUUCAUGCUCAGACCUAUGAAGUCGGUGGGAUUUUAGGUAGUUUAGUAGUAAGUGUGGUUAAAUAUCCAGCAUAGUCAUUAACAUUUAAUCUCGCAAACCUACCUUUUUAUAUUAGAGACAUAUAUAAUUGAUUUAUUUUUAUGUUGAAGACAUACCUUGAAUUGGGACUGACUUCAGGCUUAGCGAUGAUCGAGGCAGGAAGAGUUUUGACAAGAUUGGGAUUCUCUGUUCAGGCUUUUUUGGGUUCUAGUUAAAAAUGACUUAACAGUUUUGACUUUUGGAUGGUUUUCUAGAAGCAGAAUUUUCUGUAAUCUAGUUUUGAAUAUCUAGAAUUAGGUUCCUGGAGGUAGAUUGAACUCAAAGCUGGCUCACACAAGUAGAAUGUAAUGGGGUCGAAGAAGAAAAAAAUAGGAUGUGUGUCUAUAUGAAAUUAAACCCAUCACCAAUCACCUUAAGCAAUUUUGUACUUGCUUAAAAUUUGGAGUGGAGUUUUGAUUUCAUUCUGAAAAUAAAUACCAGUAUCCCAAUUAGGCUAUCUUUCCUUGUUUUCUUAUUGCAUUCUAUCCCUCUCAGAUAUGACAGUACUGCCGAUGGCCUCACAGUCUAUCUGAAGCUACUAUAAUUACAAAUAUAUUCAAAUGAAGUAUUUGAAAUAGUACCAAAUAAUGCCAUUUUAAAUGAUAAGAAAUCAUCGGAAAGGGGGUGUUCCUGUGCCUUUAAAAAAAGCAUGCAAUUUUAGCCUUUCAUAUCUUGCUAGUGUACCACAGUUUCAGAGCUAAGAAUGAUACAGGGUUUAUUGUUGUACAGUUUUUGAAAUAUUAUCUGAAGGCAGAAAGUUGUGCCAUGACCAUACUGCAGUUACAGGUCAGACAACAGACCAAGUGUAACUCUAAAACACUAACUGCAGAAUAUGAUCAUAUGGUAAAGGUAAAUGGACUUGUCUGAUUCUGUUCUCUCUUAAUUGCUUAGCAGUUAACAUUUGUGAUAGGGUGGCAGCUAAGCAUUGUAAAAAAACCAAAAAAACCAUGGCCUUAUUAAAUAAAUGGUUAAGGGUGAUGGUCCUUUUAGAGACAGUUGCAAGACUGAGAAUCAAAAUAAAUGGAUACUCCCCUUAGCAAGAAGAUAUGAAGCUUGAAGGAAAAUUGAUCUCUCCAGACUUCUGUAUUGGAACCACUGGUUUUUAAUUUCAUAAAUGAUUUGAAGUUAGAGAUGACAGUGGUUGCUGAGGAUACCAAAUUAUUUAGUGUUUUGCUCAAACAAACAGUACAAAAAAAAACCACAACAACCCCCAAAUAGCAAAGCGUUCCAAAAAGCUUUUUCCAAAUGGGCACUGAAAUAGCACAUUCCAUUAAAUGUAGGCAACUUUACAGCAUUGCACAUGUACACGCACGCACACACACACACACACACACACACACACACAUACAUUCCAACUGCACAUACAUUUGAGCUGAUGACUAAUAAGGAAAGAUAUCUUAGGGUUGUGAUAGCUCACUGAAAAUCUUGGCAGUUUGCAGUUUUCAUCAAAAGAGCCAAUUCUGUGUUGGUGGUGGAAAUAAGGAAAUCAUAUAUAAAUCUGCCAGUGUCAUAAUGCCUUUUACAAAUUUAUGGUGUAACCACUGGGCACAGUUCUGGAUAAUGCACUGGAAAUAAUUUUUGGGUCCUUGUCUGAAAUAGUUUACUCCUAUUCCAGAAUUAGCUAUUUUUUAAUAACUUUUUUCUUUAAUCUGGCAUUCUUUUCUUGCUCUGCUUCUGUUUCCUACAGUAGCCUGAUAGAUGAAUUAAAGAGAUAUAUUGAAUAUAUAUUCUACAGGUAUAUUUUGUACUGUCGGAAGCGUGUUGGCUUUAUUUGACAAGCAUCAUGCUGUAUUGCUUAUUAUAUAUUGUACUUCUAGAUGGCAUUCAGAUGUGUCAAGAUUUUGAGAUAUAGAGAGUGAAAAUGCAUUUAUGAAGGCUGAUGUUCUGGAAACAUGUUCAGAACCAAACUAAAAAGCAGUUCCAGUUACUGCUUUGUAAAGAGAGUCUUCAAAUCAUUGACCAUAUUGACAAUAUACCAAGGGCUGGUAUAUGGUGAUAUAGUUGCAAACAAAACCUUCGGGUUUAGUAGAAGUAACAGUUGGGAGCUGCAGAACAGUACUUAAUACAGAAUACAGUAUACAGUACUUGUCUGUAGAGAAUACAAUACUUGUCUGUAGAGAAGUACGCUUUAUUUAAUUCAUAGUGACUUUCUUCAAGUAAGCGCACUGGAUUGUGAACUCGCACAUUAAUAGUGAAGUCUUCAUUCACAAUUUCCAGCUUUGGUUUGCUUUUAUGGAAUUGAAACAUUUGCAUGGAAUGGUAUAUGAAACAUAAAAUACAGGACAGUAAAAAUGCAUUCAGGUCAUGUAUUUUUUUUCAUAAUGUUCAUAAUGUGUAGAACUAAAAGGUGUUUAAUUAUUAUUGACACAUCUUUUUAAAGUAACACAUAAUUCUACUUGAUUAAAUGUGUAUCUUGCUUUAGUGUAGUGAGUGAUUGAGGAAAUAAAAGUUCUACAUCUUUUCAUUGACUGGUGAUUUAAAUCCAUGUUUACAAGAAUACUCCAAAUUUAUACUGCCAAAGAGCAGUUAGCUUUUGUUUCCUUAUGAACUGAGUUCGUGGAUGUUUUUAUUCAGUGCAGCAGUUGGAAAUCUUGCAAUGCUAAUUUCAGACCUGCUGUUGUUGCAAAUAGUGGAUCUUUUGUCUGUGACUCCACGGGAACAGGAUUAGAUCUUCAAAACUUUUGUGUUAAGCACUUAUGACUAAAAGGCGACUUGCCUUGUAUGUCUAACCAAUAGGGCAUCUCUGACUGUAGGGACUAAUGUGGACAUUCUCUGGUUUUUAUCACUUUCUAACCAGAAUAAUUAAUGGAGACUGAAGUGAAAAAGUGGGAGAUAAUGGGCGUUCUGGAAUGUAUAACAUUCUUGUGCUGACAUUGUUUACAUUAAAAAAAAAGAUUACAUUUAUGAGUUUGUAAUCUCUAAUGUGCAAUUUUGUAUAUGUUGUGUUAAAACUAUGUUUAUAAGAUACUGUAUGUAAAAAAAUACUUGACUGAGUAUUUGAUAUAAACAUCAGAACAUUAAAAUGUCUUUAUAUUCAUA